CUUUUCAGCGGAGCCUUUUCCCAAGUGGUUCUGGCAGAAAGCAGAGAUGUGCCCGAUAAGCUUGUUGCCAUCAAAUGUAUUGACAAGAAAGCCCUCAGAGGAAAGGAAGACUCCCUCGAGAAUGAAAUAAAAGUUUUAAGGAAACUAAAACAUCCAAAUAUUGUUCAGUUACUUGAGACAUUUGAAGAUAAGGGCAAAGUAUUUCUAGUAAUGGAACUGGUAACAGGAGGCGAAUUAUUUGAUAGAAUAGUAGAAAAAGGAAGCUAUACAGAAAAAGAUGCUAGCCAUUUGAUUAAACAGAUUCUGGAGGCUGUGGAUUUCAUGCAUACCCAGGGUGUUGUACAUAGAGACCUUAAGUCUCUAGAUGUAGCACGAUUCUUCAUUGCUCCAGAGGUAUUGGCUCAGAAACCCUACGGAAAGGCUGUAGAUGUGUGGUCAAUAGGUGUGAUUGCUUACAUACUACUAUGCGGUUAUCCCCCAUUCUAUGAUGAAAAUGAUGCCAACCUGUUUGGUCAAAUUCUGAAAGGUGAAUUUGAAUUUGAUUCUCCCUACUGGGAUGAUAUAUCAGAUUCAGCUAAGGAUUUUAUCAGUCACUUGAUCUGUGUUCAGGCUGACAAAAGGUUUACCUGCCAACAAGCACUGGAUCAUCCCUGGAUAUCUGGAAACACGGCCAAGGACACAAACAUCCAUGGAACAGUCAGUGAACAGUUAAAGAAGAACUUUGCUAAAACAAAAUGGAGGCAAGCAUACAAUGCAACGGCUGUCAUCCGACAAAUGAGAAAAUUAGCUAUGAACAGCACAGGAAGCUCAAAUGAAACAGCAAACUACCAGGCUGGCAGUAAAGAUGAAAACAUUUCAAGCACAACGUCUGCAGAGGCCACUCCCAAGGGGACGGCAGAGAAGAAUUAGAAUGAAUUACAAAAUGCAUCAGUUGGUAGCAUCAUGCUAUCUACUGUUUAUUUGGGUGAUUUUGUCCCCUGUUGGGGUGCUCAUUUUCACAUGUAUUUAUAAUUGUUAGUUACAGUUAGGUUCUUAUGUCUGAUAGCUGAAACCUGUAAAACAACCAGAAGAAGGUUUACAAUGGUGGUAAUAAGGCAGGAAUACAUCCUUUAUAUUUUAUUCUUUCUCCACAUUUGUGCUGUGGCUAUGUAUUUAAAUGUGUAUUUUUAUAUUGGUAAAAAAGGGAAGCCUUUCCCAUUUCUGCAUGUUGGUAGUUGGGAUGUGUAUAUAUUAAUCAGACACAUGUACAGUUAUAUUACACAUAUGUAAGAAUCAAUAAUUGUUUUCUAUGCAGGGAGUACAAUCAGUUGAUGGGUUCACAUUUGAAAGACUACCUGGAUUGGUAACUUAGGUGUGAUGUGUGGUAAUUGAUUCUGUAUCUCAUACAAGACAAUUGUUGUUAUAUGUGUUCAUUUAUUGUUGAUGUUGUUUCUUUUAUACAGCUGUGUUUAGUCUGAAAGUUGUGGGAUGUGGUUAGUUACAAUGAAUGCACAUUGUUUCAUUCUGGCAUUCGUAACGUAACUAUAAUUCUAUUUUGAUGGUUGUUAAUGAUAAUUUUUUUUAUAUUUCUUGUUUGGUUUUAUGUACAACAAACUGUGUCUUUAUAUUAGGGUGAGGAUAUAUUUUUACUUAUACUUUCUGCAUUCCUAGGUUCUUUGUUGAAUUCUUUUUUUUAGACAUUUUUUCAAAUUCUUUAUUUUUAUGAAAUGUGUAUUUUGAGGAAAAGACUUGAAUGAAGUGGCAUAUCUUGUUGACAUGUUGAUUAUUAGAAGUAUAACUGGAUGGUUUAACUUUUUAAGUGAAAGAAAAUCAAAAUCUAAGUUUAUUUGUUAUAUAAAUAGAAUACUUCUCUCUCUCUCUAUAUAUAUAUAUAUAUAUAUAUAUGUGUGUGUGUGUAAGACAGAUUAAAACAUGGGUGAUGUGUGUUAAUCGUAUAUUUAAAAUGGUCACAAGAACACGUAUUUCUUGCUUGACUUCAUGUAUUUGAAUCCUACAUCUUGAAAACAGCUUUGAUACACAAAGAUGUAAGUUUGUUUCUUUAUGGCCAGUUUGAAAAAGGUGUUUGAUUUAGCCACAUUAAGGCUCCUAAAGGUUAACAAAAUGGUGGUAAUUUUCCAUUUGAAUUUCAUAGAAAAGUAUAAAUAAAUGUAUUCAUUGACUGUAACAAGAAUCUUUUACAUUCAAAACCACAAAUAAGUAAUGGAAUCGACUGACUUGUAAUCUUGAUUUGCUAACAGCUUUACCCUUGUACUUAGUCUUUUCUUUGCAUCUCCACAGACUGAAAUUAUAAAUUUAUUUUUUGUUCUUGUUUCCUUUAAUUAUCUCAAACAAAUACAGAUAGUGAUACGACCAAUGUAAAAUUAGUAUAGAGUGUUUAACAUUAUAGCUAGCUGAAAGUUCAUGGGGUUUUAUUAUACUCAAUUGAAGUAUGUAAACAGAAAAAAUACCAACUGUUAAAAUUCUUUCCAAUUUGGGAACCGACCAUGCUAGCAGUGUUUUAAUAUUUACCUAGAUUUUAAGCAUGUUUAUUAACUGUUUAGACUAAGUUUGUAUUACAAGUUGUCUGGUUUAACAACUAUGGAUUGUAAAUAUAACCUACAACAGUACACAUUUUUAAAAAAAUGAAACGUGUUGUUUAUCUUCAAAUCAUUCUUAUAAUGAUAUGUGACAUCCCGACGUGGAUAGUGUUUUUACAUCUUCGAUGGGAACCUUUAACUGUACCAAUGUAACAAAAAACAACCCUUAUCUGUUCAUGUAUGAUGAAGAUUUUUUUUCUAUAAUGUCGGACUUUUGUGGAACUUUGAAAAUAUGAAAUAUUUAGCUUAAAUAUCGUAAGUUUUUAUUAAAAAUAUGUUUAAUGUUAAGUGCUUUCUCUCGAAAACUGUUUUUGUUUUAAUAUUCUUUUAGUGUUAAUAUUUUUCUUUUUCUACUAAGAAUAACAGUAAAAAUUAUUAUGUAAUAGUAGCAUGUGCUGGGCCAUGGAGAUUCAAGUUCCAUGAUUGGGGUCCCAUUAGUGCCAAAAAAAAUGGGUUCUCAACAUAGGCACUGUGGAUGAGUUAUAAGAGUGAUGGUAAAAUCCCACUAUUCAGUUGUCCAAGAGUAGUUCUAGAGUUGGUGAUGACUAGCUGCAUUCCCUCUAGCCCAUUAGUUACAAAUUUGGGACAGCUAGUGCUUGAGUAGGUGUGCAUGAAAUCCAACCAACAAACAAAGUAGUAGUAAUAAUAUAAUUAUUGGACUGAAUCUCUGAUCGGAUUCAAAGAGAGCCUAACCAAGAGUGGCUAUACGGUAGGUGCAACUUGUAUUACGUCAAUAACAUGUAGUAUCACCCCUAGUGUACUAAGGUUUAUUUGAAUUGGUCAUUUUACAAAUUUAACUUCUGUUUACUGGUGGUACACGAUGCACACUUGUGUUUAACAACUGAAUCUGAUCCAUUCACAAAAACAUAAGUCUCUUUUGUCAAGAUGGGUACAGUAAAACCAGCACUUAUUUGUUUGGUGUCCCUACCUGUAAUAUUUUUAGUUAUUUCAGUAGCAGAGUGUCCUAAAACAGUAUUUAUUUACUCUGGCUAUGCACUGUUGCAUGUGUGAUGGUAACAAUAGUGGAAUGUUGCCUUGAUGAUUCACUAGUGUAACCACGAGUUAAAUAAUGGAAGAAGUGAGAUGUGACUGGAGUAAGAAUCAUCAGUGAUACCAGGAUUAAGACUGAAAAGAGCCUGUAAUAUUUUUACCACAAUAGUAGUGGCAGUUGGCUUAAUUUUAUAGCUGGUAAUGGCAUUACCAGAGUAAUACCAAUAGUCAUACUCAAAUUUGAUUAUGAUAGGAACCCAAUCACAUUAUUAGUGUUAUGUAUUAAGAACUUAAUAUUGAGAUGUAUAAUCCACACUACAUAAUAAAUCCUUGAAAAUAAAACAGUACAAGUUGCUGUUGUCUUGUGGUACAGAUCAAUAAUUAUCAGUUUGUCAUUCUUCUAUCCCAUGUUAGUAAAUCUGGUGUUGCUAUUUUGAGAACAUGGUAACACCAGGGUUUCCACUGUUUCACUGGCUUCUACACUGGAAAUGUUGAAAUGUUAGUUCAAUUAAAUAAUGUUGCAUUUAAGGUUAAAACAGUCUUUCUUUUUGAAAUCUCGUACUUUUUUGUUUUUAAUAGUUUUUGUUGUUCAGUUUAAGAAUAAUUCCUUCUCCCUCAAGUUGGUAAUUCUAGAGAAAAUGUGCAGUAUGAUGUCUGGUGUAUAGUAUUUGAGAUUUAGUUAAUUACUGAGACAAUUAUGUGGCUUGUCAGAUUCACUACCUUUACAGAACUAUUCAUAUUUUCACAGUGUGUUUUACGUUAUUAUGAGAAACUAAACGUUUUAGAUCAAUAGUACUUUUAGUUCAAAUUAUUUUUAACUUAUUCGUAUGAAUACCGACAAAACUACAUAAAACUAUACAGAACAGAUUCUUAAGUUAGUAAUAUAAAAAUUGUAUAACAACAGAAUGUGGUAUCACCAUAAGCCACGUCUUUGGUGCACUUAGGAAUAGUUGAAAACUUCAUAUUGGCUUUCAAGUUAGGCUACGUUGUGAGAGAUGUAGACCGACAAAUUAAGAUUAAAAUGUAUCGGGUGGGAACAAGUUCUAUGCUAAUGUGUUAUAAAAUAUUAGGCUUCAAAUUCAUUACUGGUGGUACAGUUGUUAAUAGUUUAUUUUGUGUAUACUGUUCAUAUUUUAACAUCAUAUAAAAUAUAACUAGAUUUUCCUUUAUUGAAAUCUUGAGGUGAGGAGUUAAUGGGGGGGUAAAUAGUAUGAAAAGUAAAGAACCGUUUGCUGGAAUUAACAGUAAAGGAUGUAAGGGACUAUUUUGUUAAAAACCAGAACUUUGAGGUAACAAUGGAAUGCAGAGUUGCCGGAUCCAUCUUAUUUCUUCUUCUUAAUGUAGAUGAUAGGCAACUGUUAUUAAUAAAAGUUGCUUUAGCAUUUUAAUUAAAAAUGUGCUUAUUUUGAAAAUGUUGAUCUUAAAGUAGAGAUUAUUACUGUUGUUAUAGUCUUAUUGUAUUGCACUGGCCAUAGAUACAUUAUAGAUUACAAAGCUACUUUUCAGCCAUCAAUGUCGUGUAAUAUUUGAAGGUGGUUUGUGUGUAAGUAAGGUAUUGGUUGUUUGUUUUUUGUUGCCGUAUUUUCAAUAAAUUGCAACCUUGCACUCAUUCAACUUGACUUACUUCAAGUGACCAACAUGUUCCUCUUUUAUUUUAUUUUUCCUCUGGAUUUUCAGUAACUCAUUAAGUUUUGUACUCAAAUCUUCCACUUUUUCUUUAUUUCAGAAAAAAAAAACAUUAAUUCAUGCUUGCCUUGUUAACUUGAGUGUUUUACUUUAUGUUCAAAUAGAAACUACUUAAAAUUUCCAGGAUAAAAGAUCUUGACUUUUAGUACUUCUAGAGUAAGCUAAUAUAAAUUGAGCUUGACAAAUGAAGAACAAUAGAAAGCACACUGUCUAAAAUGAUCAAGUUUCCAAAAAUACGUACAAAGACGGAGAGAGAGAGUACUUAUUGUAUCCUGGAGAUGUUAUUUAGUUAUCUGUUUUUGGUUGAAACUGUGUAUCUUGGACAGAUGUAAAAUUUACUCUUGGUGAAUUGUGCAUGUAUUGUGCUAUUCUUUUACAAUAACGAUUCAUUGAAUAGUUCACUUGUCCAGCAAAAGCAGCCUAUUAAAGAAAAUGAGAUCGAAA